AUGGCCCGCUGGUUGAAAAACACCAAAAACGGCAAUCACCUCCUCCAUCACCUCCUCAUCACCUCCACCAUCACCUCCUCCAUCACCUCCUCAUCACCUCCACCAUCACCUCCUCCAUCACCUCCUCCAUCACCUCCUCAUCACCUCCACCAUCACCUCCUCCAUCACCUCCUCAUCACCUCCACCAUCACCUCCUCCAUCACCUCCUCCACACCUCCUCCAUCACCUCCACCAUCACCUCCACCAUCACCUCCUCCAUCACCUCCUCAUCACCUCCACCAUCACCUCCUCCAUCACCUCCUCAUCACCUCCACCAUCACCUCCUCCAUCACCUCCUCCAUCACCUCCACCAUCACCUCCUCCAUCACCUCCUCCAUCACCUCCUCAUCACCUCCACCAUCACCUCCUCCAUCACCUCCUCAUCACCUCCACCAUCACCUCCUCCAUCACCUCCUCAUCACCUCCACCAUCACCUCCUCCAUCACCUCCUCAUCACCUCCACCAUCACCUCCUCCAUCACCUCCUCAUCACCUCCUCCAUCACCUCCUCAUCACCUCCACCAUCACCUCCUCCAUCACCUCCACCAUCACCUCCUCCAUCACCUCCUCCGUCACCUCCUCCUCACCUCCUCCAUCACCUCCUCCGUCACCUCCUCCGUCACCUCCUCCAUCACCUCCUCCAUCACCUCCUCCAUCACCUCCUCCAUCACCUCCUCCAUCACCUCCCCAUCACCUCCUCCGUCACCUCCUCCGUCACCUCCACCGUCACCUCCUCCGUCACCUCCUCCGUCACCUCCUCCGUCACUUCCUCCGUCACCUCCUCCAUCACCUCCUCCAUCACCUCCUCCAUCACCUCCCCAUCACCUCCUCAUCACCUCCUCCAUCACCUCCUCCAUCACCUCCUCCAUCACCUCCUCCAUCACCUCCUCCAUCACCUCCUCCAUCACCUCCUCCAUCACCUCCUCCGCCACCUCCUCCGUCACCUCCUCCAUCACCUCCUCCAUCACCUCCUCCAUCACCUCCUCCAUCACCUCCUCCAUCACCUCCUCCAUCACCUCCUCCGCCACCUCCUCCGUCACCUCCUCCGUCACCUCCUCCAUCACCUCCUCCAUCACCUCCUCCAUCACCGUGUGGUUCACUGGAGCCACAGUCAGGGACAAACAGAGACUACAGUGCAUUGUGCGCUCUGCAGAGGAAGUGA